GAGAAUGUUCUCUUCAAUUUCUCUCUAAGUUUUAAUUAUUAUGGCAUAUGUAUGGGAGAGGAAAUACCUCUUAAAUUUUCUCUUUUCUAUACCGUAUCUAUUCUAUUAAUAUAUAAUUAAUAAGAAUGUAGUAAGUAGUUCAUUGCUUGACAAGUGGUGGUACAUGUGCUCGACAAGUGGAUGUUCCUGUUAAUUGACACGUGGCUUUGAUUUCACCAUGCAGAGAUUCAUUAAUAAAGUGAUCAUCAUGGUCAAACGCGGCAAAAUCUUUUACUGAGUUUCAAAAUUUACAGAACCUAUAUAAGGUUGCUACAAUUAGUUUAUAAACUAUUUCUUUCAAACACACGUUUUAAAAGCUUAUACAUAACCUCAUAUAUAUUAGUUGUGUUAGAACAUUUGGUUAAUUCAAAGAUGACAAAAGUGUUUGACAAGUUGAUGGAUGUCAAUGCACGAAAACUUGAUUGGAACUUUCAAGUUUAUAUUGUCCACCUCUGGGAAGUUCCAAAUAUAUUUAAUAUAAAUGAUAUCAAUGGAAUAGAGAUGGUUCUCCAAGAUAUUCAGGGUGGAAGGAUCCAAGCCUCAAUAACUAAACCUUUGGUCAAGAAAUGGAGAGGCAAGAUUCUGGAGUUCAAGAUGUACAUCAUGACCCAUUUUAUUGUGGUGGACAAAAAGGAGAAAACCAGGACAACCAACAAUAAAUGGUCCAUAAAUUUCUCACAUAGGACAACGGUUCAGCCUGUUGUUAAACCAAGCUAUCCUCUGAAAGCAUUUUGCUUUAAACCCAUUCCGGAGUUGCUGGCUGCCGAAAAGCUGGAAGAUUCAGUGCUAAUAGAUGUUAUAGGGGAAGUGAUUGGUAAAGAGGAUCCAAGACAACUGAUAACUAGCAAAGGAAGAGAGACAAAAAGAUUGGCUGUGAUACUUGAGGAUCUUGAAAACAAUAGUAUUGGCUGUGUGUUGUUUGGACAUAUGGUCGACCAAAUACUUCCAUAUCUAGAAGAAGGGAGGGUGGAGCCACUAAUAGAUAUAGCAUAGUUUUUUAAACCCAGCAGGUGGAAUGGUAUGAUUUAAAUCCAUUAGAUGAUCUAUAUAUGGUGGCUAUUAGUUGCAUAAACAUAAUGGUUUUUGAUGACUCACGACGAACUCCAAAUUGUUUCAGAAAAAACAUCAGUGCAAAGUCAUUUCGAUAUAUCCAAGUUACGUAUUAACCCUGACCUUGAUGAGGUCAAAAAGUUUCGUAACAGGAGGCUUUCUAGCAAACCAUCUAAUUCGGCAAGGAUUAGUCAAGUUUCAUCCCGUGGUCCACGUUCUGGUGCAGACGAAUUAAGAAAUGGGGAUGUCGUAGUCAAAACAAUUGAAGAAGUUUUAAGCUCUACGCAGGAAGGACCUACAUGGAUUGCCGGUACUAUUGUUUCGAUCAAUGCUGGGAAGGAUGAUUGGUUUUAUAAAUCCUGCCGAAAGUGUCCAAAGAAGGUAGACACCCCAAUCGGCAACAGAUAUGAGUGUGAAAAAUGUGGCCACACUCACGGUAGCGCAUCAUUUAGGUUCAAGGUUGAGGUAAUGGUAUAUGAUGGAACAGGAAGCUUGAUGUUGCUGAUGUGGGACAGGGAGACGGUACAAUUUUGUGGGAGGCAAGCUGAGCAAAUCAAGAAUGAGGAAGUAAUUCAAAACAUUCAUUAGUUUUUGUUUCUCUUAUAU